AAACAAAAAAAUAACCUCAAAUUUAUUUUAGCGGUGAAAGAAAACACAAAACGUUUUGUUUACAACAAAAUUCUUAACAAUUUUUCAUUAAAUUUAUCUAACAAAAUAAUCAUUAAAAAUGGAAAACAAAGGAAAGCCCCAAGGUGGUGGUAAUGACAAUAAGGAAAAACGUCGCAAGGAAUCCAUACUCGAUCUAUCCAAGUACCUGGAGAAAAUGAUUCGUGUCAAAUUUGCUGGUGGACGAGAAGCAGCUGGAGUUCUUAAAGGCUACGAUGCUCUACUCAAUUUGGUUCUCGACAACACAGUCGAAUAUCUUCGUGAUGUCGAUGAACCUUUCAAACUUGCCGAAGAGACACGCAGUUUGGGUUUGGUCGUAUGCCGGGGGACUGCUUUGGUUCUUAUUUGUCCUCAAGAUGGUAUGGAAUCGAUACCAAAUCCAUUCAUCUCUCAAGAUGCAUAAUAAAACAACUGACAUUUACAAAACUAAGAAAAGAAGGUUUUCUUGUUUUUAUUUUGAAUCUUAUAAAAGCAUUUGAUACGAAAAAAAUAAUAAUACAAAGCCACGUUAAAAUAAUAUUGUAAUUCGCUUAGAUAUUAAGAAUGAGAAAAUAAAUAAAUUAAUUAUCUAUCUAGAUAUUAAAAGAAA